UUUGAAAUAUGCCUUAGAUUAGAAUUAAAAUGUACGAUAAAAAUUGUAAGUUACGUUAUAAUGCCUCACCAUAUUUCAGUGUUUAAAAUAAUGGUUUAAAAUGUUACACUGUUAUUGUUAUCUUCACCAAUGUAGUAAUGAUAAUGCUUUAUGUAGAAUAUUAUUAGGUGUAGGGUGUGAUGUAGAACUUUUUAUUUUAUUUAUUAAUUGUAAACUUUAGUGAGUGGUUUAUGUGAUAAAAUUUUUGUUUCCUACUAGUACGCUACAGUGUAAAUAACAUUGUUAGUAAUAUUUUUAUUGGAACAUUAGUAUUUAUCAAUAUAACAAAUUCAGUGAUUCAAUUACAUCUUUUAUUUUAGGAUCCAGCAAGCUCGUAUUCUUUGUUUAUGGUUGCCAGAAAAAGAAAAUAGUUCUCCAUAAAUGUAUUUAAAUUUAGUACAUGUCAAUAAAAACUACUGUUCAAAAUAGUGUUAAUAAAGAGGUUGCAUUUAUGCAGAAUUCUGCUUUAUAUGCAGGAAAUUCAGUUAAAUGCUAAAAAAAUAACCAUCUCAUUUCUGCACUAUGAAUGAAACAAGCUCUACUGGCUCAAAUUACCAAGUAUUUUUGUACCUAAUGCAACAGGAAAAAUGUCCCACUGCUCCAAGCAUUCAAUUAAAAAAAAGAUAUUCUUGUGCCAGUCCAGAUAUUGACCCCGAAACACAACAACCAAGAGGAUGUUCCAAAGAAAAUAAAGCACUAGUAAAUUGUACAACAUCUGAGAAUAUAAAAUGUAAACCGGGCACAGGAUUGGAUAACAGAAACUUUACAAUUGAGAUACCUUGUGAAUACACGAAUGGCUAUUCAUUUGAAACAGCUCUUCUGUUGUCAAUCUUUCUGGGAAUGUUUGGUGUAGACAGGUUUUACUUAGGCUACCCUGCUAUUGGUUUAUUGAAGCUCUGCACAUUGGGCUUCAUGUUCUUGGGUCAGCUUGUUGACAUAAUACUUAUUGCAUUACAGGUAGUGAGACCUGCAGAUGGUUCUUACUAUGUGAUAAACUAUUUUGGACCACGUUUAACUUUUCUUCAGAUGAACAAUGAUACAUAUGUUGUACCUCAGGAACCUGAAGCCGAACUUUGAGAAAACAACCAAUGUGGCUAUUAUCAAACUACAAUUAAGUUGUUUUCUGUGGAUCUGAAUCUUUCUUCUGAUGAUUAAAAACAAGAAGAAGAAUGUGCAUUACUUUCACAAACCCUGGAUGGAUGAUAACCACUAUCAAAUACUCUCCCCAGUUUGUUUAAGAUGACUUGUUUCUUCUCUGUUUGUAGUAUUAGUUGGGUUUUUCAUUCAAUAAGAGAGGGUUACACAAGUAAGAAGCUGAUAUGUUUUAAACUUCACUUUGCAAAUUUUAAUUAGCUGGAGACUUUGCAACAUAAAUACAAUGGAAUAAUGUUUUUUUAUAUUAUGUACUAAUCAUAUCAUUGAACUGUAUAAUUACUUUCAUCUUAAUGUUAAUUUAACUUGUCUUUCAUAGAGUUUUGUUUGCAAUGAAAACAUUGGAUGUAAAAUGCUUUGUAUAUUUUCAUAUACUAAUGCUUUCUCUAAACAUAUUCUGUAAUCUAUCUCAAAGUUUCAACUUCACCAUAUUGUUAUCAGUAUGUAGCUCCUCAAAAUUACUUUUUUUGUAUUUAAGAAUGUUUUGUUUCUUUGAAGAAGUUGGCCAAAGACUGAUAACAUAAAAUUACAAGAUACUACUAUAUUUUGUGCUACUUGUGUUUUGUAAAAUCAAAUAUAAUAUAUAAUCAUAGACAUUUCAACUACAGUUUUGCUUUUUGAUAAAAAAUGUAAAGUGAUAGAUUGAAAUAUGUAAGAUUCUAAAAGAAAGCAAAUUAAGUAAAAUAUAUUUAUAAAAAAAGUGAAACAAGCUUGUGAUAUGAGGAGAAAUGAAAAAGUCGAAGUUAGUUCACAAUCAGUGUUACAUCUGAAGUUAACUCUUGAUUUGAUGCAACAUUACUGAAACUGUGAGCUUUAAUUACAACACCCCUUUUGUUAGUGUAUGUUGAAUAAUAUAACAUGUAUAUGCAAUCCCAA